AUGGCCCCAUCCCACCUCUGCUGGCAGAGGAAGUGUGCUGUUGAUCUCAUCAGUAAAGGAAUUCCGAUUGGCCAAUUCCAGGACGAGCCCUUCCCGAGUAACCUACAGCUCAUCGAAAAAGUCACAAAGCAAAUGAAGCUACCAAUUAAUUUUCUAAAACGCCAAAAUCUACGGGGUUGCAUGGAGAUCCCGCUCAUUUUCCAGAUGGUAAAGAGGGAGAAGCAGAAGUUGCUUAAAUCCAGAGACAUCCGCUACACCGCUGACAUCCUGCAACGCUAUUGCCAGGCUCUGGAGACAGCAGUUGGGUUAUCAGUGAAGCAUAAUAUGAACCCCAUUCCUGGGAGGACUCUCAUCUUGAUCUCCAGCAGCUAUCAAUUUGGGAAGUCUUGCGUUCAAGCCAAAAAUAUGUAUUGCCCAACUGAUGACAAGAAUGACAACCAGAAGAGUCCCAUGACGGUCCGAGACUUGGCCAUAUUGCUGGCCUCCAUGUUAUAUUCGGUCUGUGAGCAGGCUAAGGUUUUCCUCUGCAACUUUUCAGAUAUCGUGGGGGCUAUUCCCAUGACCGGUUCUGUGCUGAAGGAUGUGCAAACCAUACAGAGCGUGUACGGAACAAUUUACUACAGUGAUGACUGGAUGGCACCGGACGUCAUCAAGGAUUUCUUGAUUCGGCGGGAACAUGUGGAUACGAUUCUCUUGCUAAGUAAUGACGUUGAAGAACUUAGCGGUUCUUGUCUCCAUCUCUAUCGCCAACAUGUUGCCCCCGAUUGCCUUUACAUCAAUAUCUGUGCUGAGCCAGGGGGGAAGAGAACUUUUAAAUCCAGGAAGGAUGUAAUAAUCCAUGGCUUCAGUGAGCAAAUGUUCAGGUUUAUGUCUGAAUGUGGCAAUUCCCGAUUCUUGGAACAUGUUGGCAAAGUUGACGAGAUUCACGGCUUGCCCCCGCAACAGAGAACAGCGACAGAUCAGCAGGAACCUGGAGUUGUGUCCUUGGUACCCGUGCCCCAGAGCAGGUGGCGCUCUGUGAGGAUUUUCGUCUCCUCUACUUUCCGGGACAUGCACGGUGAACGUGACCUUCUUAUUCGCUCCGUUUUUCCUGAGCUUCGCGCACGAGCCGCCAGGUUCUGCUUGGCGAUCCAGGAGAUUGAUUUGCGCUGGGGAAUCACGGAGCAUGAGAGCCAGAGAAAUAAGUAUGUGGGAUGCUAAUGGGGAAGGGGGGGGGGGGUCUAGGUAAAUCGUUAUCUAUGUUGAAGAAAAGUGGCUAACAUUAUUGUUAGUUGCAAAAUCGUGUCUGCCCCAUCGUGACCCUACGGACCACAUUCCUCCAGGCCUUCCUG